AUGUGCAUCCGCAUCAACCAGCACUGGCACUGCCACCACCAGCACGGUGGUUGCAAGGGCAAGAUCAACAAGCUCACCGACGACGACCCCAUUCUCCCUCAAUGGGCACCGUGUCAGCGCGCCCAACGGACCGGCGAGAUGUGCGAAGAAGUCAUGGUCAUCCCCCAGCACUUGGCCAUGUGCUGCCCCAUGCACCACUCGCGACGGAUUCGGCAACUUGAGGAGCUGUGGCGGAACGAGUGGAAGAACCAGGUGUUCGACCACUUCGCCCAGAGGCAGAAACACCUGUCGGACCGCGAGAAGGCAGACUGGCGUCGGGCCCGCGAUCUGGAGAAGAAGCGGUGGGACGAGUUCCAGUGCAAACUGGAGCCCGUGUACGCUCAGCUGGGCAACCGGCUGAACGCCGCCGUAGUCCGCGCCUUUGGCAUGACCUUCUACGAGCGCAUCGAGCAGAUCAUGCUGGCUUUCGUCGCCGUUGUCCGCCGCCAGUGCGUCCUCGGCCCGGAGAACUUUGAGCGCGCCAAGAGACAGGAGGCUCGCGAGGCUCUGCUGGAGCUUGAGGAGAGAGAUCGCCAGGCCGCUGCCGCUACUGAUGGCCCGCCGCCGCCCAUCCCGCCCAAGAGCAGCAAGAGGAGACAGAGGUCUCUGACCUCGGUCAGCCAGGGUGAUUUGAAGAAGGCCCAGGAUGCCCUGGUACAGAUGUCAUUGUCUGGCACUGCUGGUGGCUCAGCCCCAGCCCAAACCCGUCCUCUUCCUCCGGCUCCUGUUUCGACUGCCGUCGUCGCUGACCCCUCUUCUUCCUCGUCCGAAUUCGGCCCUGACGAUGACGCUGCAAUCGCAAGUGCCGCGUCUGUCGAACAUGCCUUCCGCCCUCCUUCACGCGGUUCCUCCGCUACCUCGUCUUCGGAUGAGGACAGUGAAAGCGAAGACGAGACGCCCUUGCCCCGCAGGGACUUGUAG